AUGUAUAAACCUCCGAGUGGCGACUUGGAAGGAGAAGUCGCCGAUGCAGAUAAUCUUAUCAUUUGCACCCCACAACGGGGAUCAGGAGCGGGGAUUGAUGUCGAAGGCACUCUGUUUCUGGAGCAGUUUGCUCUCUCUGGGACGCCGGUUACUGUGGGUGUUGAGCGAGGAUCAAGUUCUGGUGGUUCCCGGACUCCAUUGAUGACCCCAAACCAGGCAACAGACAUUGACAAUGCCCCAGAGUCAGAGGACGAGUGCUUUUCCUGGUUCACUCCAAAUGGGACACGCUACUGGUGCCCAGCUGCUCCGGAAAACAUAAAACCAAGAAUCGAGGCCGUGUUUCAGCAAUGGGAAGACGUCCCGGAGAUGUAUGACCUCUACGCAGGUCACUGUGGGUUUUCAACUAGGCUUGGGACAAUUAAGCGAAAGAAAGGAGUUAUCACGCACCGGUACAUUGUUUGUUCCAACCACGGGAAGCCGCAUAGCCAGAAUAGGGACUUCAAUAGCCUUGACGAGACAUCGCUGAAGAUAAGGCAGGCCACUUUCCGUGUGUGUGACUGUAAAGCUUGCAUACGUGUGAGGUUUGAUGAGUCAUCUGGUGUUUGGGUGUUGUAUCACUUUGAAGAGAACCAUAACCAUCCUAUGGUCCCAUCGCAUAACAGAGAUCUAACGAAAAAACGCCGGAAGCUUGAUUUUUUUACUAAAGAAUUCAUCCAUCGAGCAAGUCUUAGCAAGGUCGGACCGUCGAUGGCACAUAGGGACGCACAUUUGGUGAUCGAGAAGAUGAAAGAUCGGGUCAACCACCUGCCGAACUACACCUUUAAGUACAGCGUGGAAAACGGCGAAAUUCGACACAUGUUCUGGGCGGAUGAAAUUUCCAAGGUCAACUAUCAGGCUUUCGGCGACGUCCUCGCAUUCGACGCUACUUAUCAAACCAACAAGUACAAUCUGAUCUUCGUUCCGUUUACCGGGGUUGACAACAACAAGCGAUGCGUCACUUUUGGAGCGGGGCUAUUGUUUUGUGAGACAAUUGAGGCCUACACGUGGCUGUUAAGGGCUUUCCUCGACGCGCACAACAAGCAGCCCACCCUGGUGCUAACUGACCAAGACCCGGCCAUGCGGCAAGCAGUGACUGCUGUGUUUGAUCGUUCACUCCAUCGCCUGUGCAUGUGGCACAUCAUGAAGAAACUACCUGCGAAGAUUACAGGAGAGGUCGCGCAUAACACUGAAUUCAGGGCUGCCGUUCACAAACUGGUGUGGAACAUUUAUAUUAAACCGGUGACAUUCGAGAGGAGAUGGGGGAAGCUUCUAGAGAAGUAUGGGCUUGAAGGUCACGAGUGGCUGAGAGACAUGUACAACAUAAAGGAGAUGUGGGUCCCGGCAUACUUUAGAGAAAUCCCAAUGUCAUGUUUGAUGAAGACUACGUCCCGGCAGAGGGUUGGGGACUUCAAGGCGGAUGAUCGCGCACACGAGUUCAGAUCUGGUUUGGCGAUAGAGAAGCACUGCGCAUUAUUGUAUUCCCCGGCCAUAUUCAUCGAGGUCCGCAAAGAGAUCCUGAAGGGCCUUUUACACUGCUAUACUACCGGGGUCGAAGAAGUCGACGGGAGAAAGGUUUAUACUGUUACGCAUUUGGACAAGCGUUCCGAUGUCGUCAAUGAAUUCACGGUUAAAGUGGACCCAGUCGAGGACACUACAACAUGCUCAUGUAACCUUUGGUGCCGUAUUGGAUACCUUUGCAGGCAUAUAUUUUGCGUAUACCGGCAAACAAAGGUGGACGAAAUCCCGGCUAAGUAUGUGGUUAGUCGCUGGAGACGUCACGUGUUGCCGAAGUCGGUUUUCCGUGUAGAAUUCAGGUAUGGGGUAGACUUGUCUCCGGUUUCGUUGACCAGGAACACCCUAGUGGACUGCUUUUCUGAAGCGUUUGAGGCUGUGAUGGGCGACCGGGCAGCGAUGGAGGAUUUCGUUGAGAAAAUCAAAGGCUGGACAAAAGAAUUCAAUGAUGAUCGACGUGGUAAAAGAGUCGCCGAGGCAACAGAGUCACAGGUUAUGGCUGAUAUGCUAGGCGUGGUGGUGGAAGAUGAGGAGAGCACCCCCGUUUCCUGCUCCAAUCCUCAAGGCGUACGCAAUAAGGGAUGCGGGACAAACAAACGCAUGAUUGGGCCGGGUGAGAGGGCAGUCCAGAACCACCAAAAACCCCAGCGAUUAUGCAGAACAUGCAACCGAUUUGUAACCGGGCAUGACUCCCGCAACUGCCCAGAGAAACGCAAGACUGCAGAACCUUAG